UUGAAAUCGGCCCUUCCAAAAGGAAUCCCUUUCGCACCUCAAGAUCGACUCUCUUGCUCGGGCAAAAUUAGAGAGUCGAAUCUCAUACUCCCACUGAAAUCAAACAAGUACCAGUUUCCGUACGCGAAACUGCAUAUUCGAUCCAAAUGAACGAUGACGUUUCUCUUCCUACAACAGUUCCUGCAAUGAAUAUGAAGAAGGAAAGCUCAGAUUCGAGUGUAUUAGGGAAAGGACGGUACAAGUUCUGGGCCUUAGCUGCAAUUUUGCUACUCGCAUUUUGGUCAAUGUUCACCGGGACCGUAACCCUACGUUGGUCCGCCGGAAAUUUCAAUCGUCUAUCAGACGACAUAGACAUUCAAAUCCACGACGAUCUUGACGUUCUCGAAAUGGAGGAGAGGGAGACGGUGGUGAAGCAUAUGUGGGAUGUCUAUACGAACAGUCGACGGAUCAGAUUACCGAGGUUCUGGCGAGAUGCUUUUGAGGUGGCUUAUGAGGAGUUGAGCAGUGAUGUCCCUGAGGUUAGGGAAGCGGCAAUCACUGAGAUCGCUAAGAUGUCUGUGCGGUCCAUUGGUCUCGAUCCCCCUCCCGUCAAAUCAAAGAGUGCACGGGAAAUAAGCAAGAACCCGAAGCAAACAGGCAAGGGCAGAGGGGUGCUAGUGAGCUCAACAGGGAGUCGUCGAUAAUGAGGAGAGAAUGUUCAGGAUCAGAGGCAAAAUCACCAAUUAUUCUGUACUCAGCAGUACUCAUUGGCUACCUGAAAUGUGUGAGAGGUAGUGAUGGGUGAAACCAUACUUAGUUCUCUAUGUUUUUACUACAGGAACAAAUUAUGUAUUUAGUUAGACUUAGAUUCUCAUUCUUCAAAAAUGUUUACUGUCUGUGAAUGGGUGAACUCAGAAAACAAUUUUUUUAGCAGAUUGAUUUGAAUGAGAAUUUCUCAUCAGAUCCCUGUUAUAUGAAUGUUUGUCAUAUUGAAUAUGAAAUUGUUUAAUGUUCAUGAGUU